AUGGAACGAAUUAACGAAGAUUCUCCAAAAAGUGCGGGCUUGGGAUGGAGAAAACACAUUUGGGAUACAAUUCGAGAAGUGAAUUGCGAUGUUUCCGGAAGUUCUUCCACGAGCUCUCCUCUCCCACAGGAAAAGGAAGAAGCUGAAACCCAUAAGAAAUGCAAAGGCAACUUCAAUUUUGGCCUAUUCGAAGAGGCGCUUAAUCAUUUGGAGGACAAGGAUGAGCCAAACCAAGAAGAUGCCCCGUUGGACUUUGAAAAGCUAUUUCAAAUUGACAAGGACACUCAAACAGCACGACGACAUCUGCGACAAAUUCACACGCACACCUUUAAUGAAGGCGACAUCGGAUUUUCGGGAACUUACGAUGCUGCGUCUGAUUUUUAUGCUGUGGCUGUUCGCGGAAGAAAUUUGGUGUCACUCUUUAACACCAACGAUGAAGGCUUAUUUGCCGGUGUCAAUCUCAUUUCUUCUACUUCCUACCCGGGAUUGUUGCCACUUGAAGCGGUAGCCAUAGUCAGCCCCGGAAUUCGCUACGCUGUAAUUGCCGGAGACGAAAUAAUUGGCUGCUCGUACGAGGCAGCAUGGGUAUACAAUUUAAUAUUCGACGGAAAGAAAAACAAUAUAACGAGGCUUCGGGGACUUACCGCUGAUACCAGGCGAGAAGUGCUUUUUACGUAUGAAUCCGGCGCUAAAAAGAUCCACUGCAUCAACGCGAAGAAGUCAGCUCGUGAUGAGUUGUUAUUUUCGUGUACCUAUGGAAGGCCCUUAUUUCAUCUCAAUCACAGCUUGGGAAUGCUACAAUUUGGAAAUGUUUCGUUUUUGCAUUAUCAUCGAGGAACCCUAGCAGUCUCCGAUCUUGGAACAUAUAAGCACACGGGACACGUAAAUCAAUGCAUGGUCAGAUCCUAUCAAGUCGAUUAUAAUGCGAAAAAGCUUGUGUUGAGGCACGAGUACUUCAAUGAAGAUGUUUUCAAACCAAACACGCCUGGCUAUAUUGCCUAUGGCUCUGGAAUCAUGAUUGACGACAAAGGCUGGGUAAUUGUUGGUGAUGCACGGGGAUCUUCUCUACAUGUAUUCAAUGAGCGCUUGCAACCGAUUUGCAUAAUCAACACUUUUGGAGAGCCGGGCGCGAAGCCGUACAUUGCCGGAAUCGCUCUUUCGCCAAAGAGUGUGCUUCUCGUCAGCCCACGUAGAGGUAAACCGCAAGUGAUGAUCUACAAGUAUGAGGAGGACAAUAUCAAACGUCAAUACCAAUAUGCGGAACGGACAAAUUUUAAGAUGGAAGAACUGCUUUUCUCGCUCACCGUUUUCUUCGGGAUGGCUUACAUUAUCUACGUGGCUCAUUUCAAAAUCAAGGAAUUAGGAGGACCUGGUGCUCCGUUCAUCGGCGAGUUUAUCGAUCAAAUCUUUUCGAAUCAAAAACAAAUUGCCAAGAAGACGACUCCAACAACGACAAAAGAUGACAAGACAGUUACUCCACCAUUGGAAACAGCAAUCCGAGCCUCGACAGUUGUUGUCACCGCCCAGCCCAUUACGGAAAAGACUAUUCGAGGCAAUACUUCAGCUCGCGCUGCAACAGUGCCAAACAAUGAAGAUGAGAAGGGACUCGUUGCGUUUAGCAACUCAAAAGAAGUGAACGUCGAGACAAUGCCUAAGAACCUCCGAACCAGCAUCAUCUGUCUCCCUGGUAGUGAUACCGAACCGAAAAUUCAAGCUGAAAUCGAUGUGAAUAAUAGCCGCAAAGGUCACAAAUUUCGCUCAAAGUCAUGUGAACGCCGUCACCACAAAGCUCAUCGAAAUGGACCCGAUGUAGCAAUGGCU